CAUGUAUACUGCCGUACUGCUUUUUGAUCAGCGAGAUCAUUCUGGACAUCGCAUGCUCAUGGGUAACACUGAUGGCUAAAUGAUGAAUUUGCCUGUUGCAGCUUCCAAAGCGAAGUGAGGAUCGCGCUGAGAGGCGUACUACUAAGUCUGCCCACUGCGAUAACCGAGUCGAGAGGGGAAGAGAAGAAAUCCGCCUUUUUCUUCAGAUCAGCCUUUUUCUCCACGCUUUGAGUUUUUUUUUUUUUUUUUUUGAAAACUGCCGAUCUAAUGUCAGCCUCCUGAAAGCGCCCCAGGUACCGUGUAUGAAAGCACCGCAAUCAAAGAGGAGCGGACCAGCUCGGGAUCUCUCUGGCUAAAAGAGAAAAGUCUCCCGAAACCCUGCAGCCAACAUGCCGCGGAGGAAGCAGCAAGCGCCGCGGCGCGCAGCAGCAUAUGUUCCCGAUGAGUUGAAGGAGGUGGCCAUGCUGGACGAGGACCUCGAGGAGGAUGACUCUGCUGUGGAGGAAGAGCCCCCAGUCAAAUUCUUGUGCUCGGAGAAAGACUUUCUCCCGAAGGACACUGCGCUAUACCAGGACUCUCCAAUGGCUGACUUCUCCGGCCACGAGAUCGAUAGCGAGUCCCACCUGAGCGAGUCGAGCGAUCGCAUGUCCGACUUUGAGAGUGCCUCCGUCAAGAAUGAGGAGGAGGUGGUCAAGGAGCCCCCUAUGGCGACUGCAUCUGCCGCUGCCACCAGCGAGGGCUCCCCCGCUGGCCCAGACAGUCUGGAGCAGAUGAAGGCCAUCUACACCAGCUUCCUGACUAAUUCCUACUGGUCCUCGCUCAACUUGAAUCUCGCCCAGCCACCAGCGGAAAACCAGCAGCGUAGCAGCAGCAGUAGCAGCAGCAGCAGCAGCAGUAGCUGUGGCAGCGGGAGCUACGACUGGCAUCAGUCGGCUAUGGCCAAAACCCUCCAGCAGGUGUCGCACAACCGUCUCCACCAGGAGCCCAGCCUCUUCAGCACUGUGCAGCUCUACCGGCAGAGCACCAAGCUCUACGGCUCCAUCUUCACCGGUGCCAGCAAGUUCCGCUGCAAGGACUGCAGCGCUGCCUACGACACCUUAGUGGAGCUGACGGUGCACAUGAAUGAGACGGGGCACUACCGUGACGACAACCACGAGACAGACAGCAACGGCACCAAGCGCUGGUCCAAGCCGCGCAAACGCUCCCUCCUGGAGAUGGAAGGCAAAGAGGAUGCCCAGAAGGUACUCAAGUGUAUGUACUGUGGACACUCCUUUGAGUCCUUACAGGACCUGAGUGUCCACAUGAUCAAGACAAAACACUACCAGAAAGUGCCUCUCAAGGAGCCCGUAACCCCUGUGGCAGCCAAAAUUAUCUCCUCGUCUCGGAAGAGGGCCCCCAUCGACUUGGAACUGCCCAGUUCCCCAGAUUCAUCAGUGGGGACCCCUAAACCAACCCUGACUGACCCAAACGAUGCCCUGCAGAAGGUCUCCAACCCCUAUAGCACACCUAACAAUAGGUACGGACACCAGAAUGGUGCCAGCUACACCUGGCAGUUUGAGUCGCGGAAGUCACAGAUUCUGAAAUGCAUGGAGUGUGGCAGUUCCCACAAUACCCUGCAGGAGCUGACAGCCCACAUGAUGGUCACGGGUCACUUCAUCAAAGUUACCAACUCUGCUAUUAAGAAAGGGAAGUCCAGUAUGGAGACCCCUGUCACACCCACGCUGAGUACCCCAACCGAGGAGAAAGUUCAGUCUGUGCCAUUGGCUGCCACCGCCUUUUCCCCAACACCCACAGCCCCACCCUCCAGUACCUCCCCCAAGCUCUGCGUCGAGAUAAAAAAAGAGGAGAAGGAGGUGGAGUGCUCAAAGGAGAUAAGUAGCAGUAAAGACAAGAAGUUUGCAGAUGAGGAAGAGGAAAAAUUCAACAUUGCCUCCAAGUACCACUACCUGACUGAGGAAGACUUAGAGGAGAGUCCAAAAGGGGGACUUGACAUUCUGAAGUCACUGGAGAACACAGUGACAUCUGCCAUCAACAAAGCUCAGAAUGGCACCCCAAGCUGGGGAGGUUACCCAAGCAUACAUGCUGCAUACCAGCUGCCCAACAUCAUGAAGCUCUCCCUGGGCACCUCAGGGAAAAGCUCCCCAUUGAAAUACAUGUUUACAGCUGGAGAGAUUCUAUCACCAACCAAAAGCCAGCCUCUGGUUUCUCCCCCUAUUAGCCAGACAUCUCCAUUGCCAAAAAACAACUUCCAUGCCAUGGAGGAACUAGUGAAGAAGGUCACCGAGAAAGUGGCUAAGGUGGAGGAGAAGAUGAAGGACUCUGAGAAGAAGGCCUCCCCGCUGAGACGGACUUCACCCUCUCCCUGUAGCAGUGAAGCGGGAGAAUCGGUGGCCAGCAAUUCUCCCAAAGACCCAAGGGCAAAAACCCCAGAGAACAGCAACAGCGGGAAGGAGGCUACCAGUGGUGGCCUCACCAAAAGCCCGCUGGAGAACGGGGCCGACUCCUUGAGGGUUUCUGCCUCUACUCUUUGUAGCAGCACUGCCAUCAUCACCGACCACCCUCCUGAGCAGCCCUUUGUCAACCCCUUAAGUGCGCUUCAGUCGGUCAUGAACGUCCAUCUUGGCAAGGCGGCGAAACCGGCACUGCCAGCCCUGGACCCUAUGAGCAUGCUCUUCAAAAUGAGCAACAGCCUGGCAGAGAAGGCUGCAGUGGCCACACCUCCCGCACAGACCAAAAAAAACGAGCACCUGGACCGCUAUUUUUACCACAUCAAUAAUGAUCAACCCAUCGAUCUGACCAAAGGCAAGAGUGACAAAAGCUCCACUUUGGGCUCUGGGCUUCUAUCGCCCAUGUCAACGUCGGCAUCAGCCUCUCCCUCGUCUACCAUGACAACAGCCAAGACGUCCACCGUAGUGUCGUUCAUGUCGAACUCACCUCUGCGUGAGAACGCCCUGUCGGACAUCUCUGACAUGCUGAGGAACCUGACAGAAAGCCACACAUCGAAGUCCUCCACACCAACCAGCCUGUCCGAGCGGUCGGACGUGGAAGGCGCGACUCCGGAGGAGCCAGAGGAGGUGAACCCAGCCCAAAAGCGCAAGGGCCGGCAGUCUAACUGGAAUCCCCAGCACCUGCUGAUUCUGCAAGCCCAGUUUGCAGCCAGCCUACGGCAGACAUCUGACGGAAAAUAUGUCAUGUCAGACCUCAGUCCCCAGGAGCGGAUGCAUAUCUCUCGCUUCACGGGCCUCUCCAUGACCACCAUCAGCCACUGGUUGGCCAAUGUCAAGUACCAGCUGAGGAGGACGGGCGGGACCAAGUUUUUGAAGAAUCUGGACUCGGGCCACCCAGUGUUCUUCUGUAACGACUGCGCCUCUCAGAUCCGGACUCCAUCUACAUACAUCAGCCACCUGGAGUCGCACCUGGGCUUCCGGCUGAGAGACCUGGCCAAACUAUCUGGCGAGCCGUUUGGCAGCCAGGUCGCGCACCAUGCUCCGGGCUCAGCCGAGAAACUGUUCUCCACCCCUUCCCCUUCAUCCUCACCCGACGAGGAAGGUAACGGCACCUCGUACCAGUGCAAGCUCUGCAACCGGACUUUUGCGAGCAAGCAUGCCGUCAAGCUCCACCUCAGUAAGACCCAUGGGAAGUCGCCGGAGGACCACCUCCUGUACGUGUGCGAGCUGGAGAAGCAGUAGCACUGCGAAAUGCGCCUCACUGCUCUCUCUCAUGCUCUAGUCUUUUUAACCUAAAUUUUUAAAAAGAAGAAAUAAGAAGUAUUAAGAGGUGAUAAACUGCACAAUGAUGCCAUUAAGCUACUGUUUAGUUACGGCACACGGACAUGAAUUAUCCGGCCCAAAAACAUUUCUUCUUCUCCUUCUUUUUUUUUUAAGAUUUAUUUUUUAACUGUACAGUGUUUAAUAUAGAGGUGCUGCAUAAUCCACUGUUGUUACUGGUAAAUAUGAAGGUUUAAAAGAAAACCAUUUAAAAUGAAGUGCUACGUGUUUGGAAUUUGUAUAAAUUGGAUUUAGUUUUGUCGCAUCCCCAGGAUGGGCUGAGCUGCAUGUAUUAAUGGACGAUUUAGUUAAACGUUGAAAUACCUAAAGCUGGUGCACUUUCUUUAUCCCAUUUUUUUUUUUUGUUAAUGUGACCUAAGCGUGCUCCCGUCAGCGUCUAAACAUUUAACCCUCUGAGUACGGCUAUGUUCUUCUGCGUCGAGUUUCGAGGAAAACGUUCCAGAUACAGAUUGGCCACGCAAUUGCGUAUUCGAAUAAAAAGGAGAUAUUAUUCAACGGUAAAUCAUUGUACAGGAAUCUGUUGCUAUGGCAUACAACUCAAAAGUGCAGUUUUUGUUUGCCAUUAAAUCAGGGGCCUUUAAUAAAUUCAGGUCUGUGUAAAAUUGUAUAUAUAAAUAUAUAAAUAUAUAUAUAUAUACCAGUCCCUGUCUAAAUUAUGCAUCAUUUUAUAUUUUUAAUUUAAGAUGACUAUGUACUGGUGCACAAUAUAUGAAGACAUUAAUUAAAUUGUUUUGCACAAUAGUUUUAUAAAUAUGCUAUUUAAUCAAAAUAUAUUAAAAAAAAGAUAUUUAAACAAAAAAACAUUAAAAAUAUUUCCACCUCGUGCUCAAAGGGUUAACCCUCUAGUACACAAAUGUACUGUAUUUCUUGAAGGCAACAGAAAAGGCAGGUUUGUAAAGACGAUGUUACUUUAUGAAGUUCUGAGGCAUUCCGCCAUGUAUUCACACACACUGUUGGUCAAAAAAAAAAAGCCUUUUUUUGUUCUAAUUGCUCUUCCGUGGAUUCUGCAUCUUUAAACGAUACGAGUAGUGACCGCUGGUCGCCAGCCCACUGAUUGACGGAUCCUCUACAUAUUCGGCGGCGAAUUUGCAGAAGUAACUGACAGCUGACAGCAUUUGUAAUUAUAUACUGGCAUGUAAACGGCGCAGACACUGUUAUGAGCUCUGCACCCUGUUUUUAUUUCGUUGUUGACAUCGGAGCACCCAUGAUAUGUCUUCAUAUAACCCUUUUUUUGUACUGCAGCAUUAAAAAUGUUUUUCUCCUU